GUGUAAGGUAUGUAUUCCAUAGCUGCCUCUUGGGAAAUCUUUCGCUUAAAGAUGAAUCCUGUUUUCCUCGUCCGUCAUUGCGACUUGCAUAUCUCGCUCCCAGCAAAACAAGACUCGGACCUUUGAACCCGUGCCGCCUUGUAUCCGCUGGUUAUUGCUACCCCGGUUGUUAUCGUUUGCUAAUUCAGGUUAUUGAAGUCGGCAGGCGCUGGGUCUCAUCCCACGCCGAGCCGCCCAGCUGUCGCGCGAUUCCUUCUGCUUUACUCACGAAAGGCGAGUGUAACCUUGACCAGCAAAGCUCUCCUGUCCGACACCGGUCACCACCUCGGCAUAACUACUGUCCGCGUCUCGGACAGCGUCUCGCGCCGAAAGCUGAAGCGACUGUACCACGUGACAUCCGGCAUGCCCGUACUGUGUAGAUCCGACUGGCAUCGGCCCCGGAGAUAAGUUCGGACGUGCGAAGGGAGGAUCGAAGAGUCGUACAUAUUUUGGUUGGAGGGAAUUAACAUUCUUGACCGCGCUCAACGAUCCAGUCGAAUUCCAUAGGUUCCCGAGCCAUUGGACAUCAUCCCUAGGUUAAUUGACUGUCUUUCAAGAUGCUCGGCAAGCUGCUCCUCACAAUCGACGCGGUCGGCCUCCUCUUUGGGGCACCCAUGGCCGAAUACAACCACACCCACAUGUUCAACCCGCGCUGGACGCCCCAUGCAAAAUUCCACGGCGCGUGGACGAUGAGCCUCUCGGUCAUCCUCGGCCUGGGCACGCUGUACUACACCUGGCGCCCGACCCUUCUCCCGCCGUCGACGCCGCCAUCCCUCGCCCCGGUGCUAGCUAGACAGCUCCAGAAGGACUCGAUGUGCUCGGCUCUCUUUACCGGCACCAUCUACUGGCUUGCCGGCCUCGCGUCGAUUCUGUACCCCGGCACCGACGGGGUCGACCCGGAGUUUGGCCCGUCCGGCUUUCCUCAGCGGUUCAUCUUCGCCGGCUUCGCUACCGCGGCUGCUCUGGGCUCGCUCAUUGAGGGCUGGCUUUGAUGGCUUGUCGUUCGGACUCACAUCAGGAGGGGUGCACGCAUGAGUAAGACGACGCAACAGAGGUUGAGCGUCUCAUCCGCAUGUUUCCAAUCUCCAAUAGCCACAGCGAUUUUGGUUGGGGCUCUGCUUGUCCCCUUC